AUGUAAAUAUAUUUAUAAUAACUUCAUAUAAUAAUAUAUUAUAAUCACUCAUAACUCUUAAUUUCUUUUUUUUAUUUUAGGCUCUGGUAUGGUCGUGUGUUUUAGCCGGCUUGCACGAUGAUUGGCUGCAUUCAAUUCCAGCUUAAUUCGCUGCCAUUUGUUCAUAUUGCAUCACAGGCACAGCACAGAAAUAUUAUUAUUACUAUUUUCACUCUAUAAUCUCUCCUGCAUAAAUCUCAUGCGCACAUAUAUCGUCAAAGUUUUUUCAUUUCAUCUGUUUCUUGGUCCAGGUUAAAACUUUGUCCACUUUCUAUAAAGUUGACUUCUCUUCUGUACUACAUGCAUCUGUUACAGACAAACAGUUCCUCGAGGUAUCUUAGGAUCAUCACUUCUUCCUUGAUUCUCUCUGCCUUGUACUUCUACACUUGUACCAAUCAUUGAACAAGUAAAUAUCAUAUAUGUUGUAGCAUCCCUAUAAUAUACUAAAGUUUUAGUUGAUGGAGUUCUUGGAUAGGCAGAGGAAACACAUCCGAAAUCAUACCAAAGAAAAGCUGCCCUGUGGUUUAGUAGCCACGCUUCCUGUGCUUCUUCUUGCAGCUCUAGCUCUUUGGUGGUGCUCCUCUUCGAUUGUCAAUUCUUCGCGGCAGGCUAGAUUAGCCUCUGACGCAGUUUCAACGUUGAAUUCUACAGUGGAUGGGAAGGUUCAGCUAGACACACCUAAUGAAACAUUUUAUGAUGAUCCGAAACUCAACUAUUCCAUUGGAAGUCCUAUGGAAAACUGGGAUGAGAAGAGAAGGACUUGGAUGAAGCAUAAUCCUUCGUAUGCAGCAGCGGAUAAGGUACUUGUGUUGACGGGAUCACAGCCAUCCCCAUGUCACAACCCGAUAGGCGAUUUCUUCCUAUUGAGACUUUUUAAGAACAAGGUGGAUUACUGCAGAAUUCAUGGAUAUGACAUCUUUUAUAAUAAUGCUUUUCUGCAUCCUAAGAUGGACUCUUAUUGGGCUAAAACGCCUAUUAUACGUGCUGCCAUGAUGGCUCAUCCGGAGGUGGAGUGGAUUUGGUGGGUAGACUCUGAUGCAGUGAUCACAGACAUGGACUUCAAGCUUCCUUUUGACAAGUACAAAAACUAUAACCUCAUUGUUGAUGGCUGGCCUGGGAUGAUCUACGAGGAACGGAGCUGGUAUGGGCUCAAUGCUGGAGUUUUGCUGUUCAGGAAUUGUCAGUGGUCAAUGGACUUCAUGGAUGUUUGGGCUAGCAUGGGCCCUGGAUACGCAGAGUAUGAAAAAUGGGGAAAAAUCUUAAAAUCCACUUUCAAAGACAAGCAAUUUGCAAUAGCAGAUGAUCAAUCAGCCAUGGUUUAUAUGCUACUGCAACAGAAAGAGAAAUGGGCUGACAAAGUUUACAUUGAGAAUGAGUAUUGUUUCCAGUGUUAUUGGGCUGGCAUAGUAAGUAAAUUUGAAAAUGUGUCAAAAAAAUACGCAGACCUGGAGAAGGAUGCCAGCCUGUUAAGGAGGAGACACGCGGAGGUGCUAACUGAGAGCUACUCUGAGCUGAGGGAGCUGUACUUAAAAAAGGCCGGAUAUGGGAAAGAGACAGGAAGACGCCCAUUUAUUACGCAUUUUACAGGGUGUUCACCGUGUAGUGGGAACCACAAUCCCAUCUAUGCUGGGGAUUCUUGCAAAGAUGGAAUGGAGAAGGCUUUGAACUUUGUGGAUAACCAGGUGCUUCGCGUUUUUGGGUAUGAGCAUCGUAGCUUAAUGUCUUCCUCCGUGGUGCCUUGGCAAUCAGAUGUAGCAGGAAUGAGAGAUUAGGAUCAAUGUCUUAUUAUACAUUCAGCAGAUAUGACUAUGAUACCACGAAUAGUUAGUCAUUGGCAAAUUGACAGUUGCUAUUUACCAAACUUGUCAGUCCUGUAAACAGAAGGGAGAAGUGCAAAGUGCAAACAAUAACUAAACUGAAAUUGUUAUAAACAAAUUAAUCAUAUCAUUUUUAAUUCGUCCCCAAUGAAGAAGGAGAAUGUAUCAUCAGAGUUAACUUGUCUAGCGUUUUUCCGCUGAAAGUAUGCUACUAUGUAUGAAACACAUGUUUGCAUAUCAAAA